AGAGGCCCUGCGGUUACCAGCGGAGGCCACCGAAGCCUGCCGAGGUGUGGGGAAGCCAUUAGAGGCCAGCUGCCUACCUGGUGGCCCGGGACACAGGAACGAGGUGCCAGGGGCCAGCGCGCUGACUGAGCCUCCCUGGGCAGGGCAGACUUGAACUCUAAGCGCCUCGGCCUCACCGCAGCCCUCAGAGCCCCGCGGGGCCCAGCCUUUGUCCCCCCCAAGGACACAGGAAAGGAAGGUCGACCCCAGGCCACACGGCCUCACCUCAGCUCUGGCGCGGAUAAGCCCAAGAGACAAGAUGAGCAAAAGCCGAGAUGAACCGCCUCACGAACUCGAGAACCAGUUCAUACUGCGGCUGCCCCCAGAACAGGCUUCGGCGGUCAGGAAGAUCAUCCGUUCUGGAAAUGCCGCCAUGAGAGAGAAACUAAAAAUCGACUUGUCUCCCGAUUCACGCCGUGCCGUCGUUCAGGUAGAUGGCGUCUCACUGUCUGCCAAACUUGUCGAUUUGCCUUGUGUUAUUGGAAGCCUGAAAACGCACGAUGGGAAAACCUUUUAUAAAACAGCCGAUGUGUCCCAGAUGCUAUUGUGCAGCGCCGAUGAUGGUGAUCCCCACACGUCCCCAGAAGAGCCAGCUACCUCUGCUGGUGCUACUGUAGUGGGAAACAAAAAGGAAGCAGAGGGAAAAUAUAUCUGGAAGCAUGGCAUUACUCCACCACUUAAGAACGUCAGAAAGAAACGGUUUCGCAAACCAACAAAAAAGCCCGCCGAUAUGAAGCAAGGCGAAGAAAGCUGUAGGGCCUACAUUGAUUCCAAAGAUGUGGAAAAGGAAGUGAAGAGGCUGCUGCGCUCAGAUGCUGAAGCCAUCAGCAGCCGAUGGGAAGUCGUUGUUGAUGAUGAAACCAAGGCAGUACCAAGUCAAACCUGCACUUCACACGUUCCGUUGCCCCCUGAAGCAGGUGAUCAUACCUCAUCAGCAUGUGCUAUGCCUCAGAGCACAUUCAGUGAUUCCAGCAGUGGCAAAGAUGAUCCAGAGAAUAAAGAUGAGGAGGAGGAAGAAGAAAAAGAGGAGAAGGAAGAAGAGGAUGAGGAUGAGGAGGAUGAAGAGGAGGAAGAGGAAGAAGAGGAAGAUGAUUCUGAAGAAGACCUGGAAAGAGAGCUACAAGCCAAGUUUAUUGAGUUUAGCUUGUGUGAAGCUAAUGAAAGUAGCAGUUCAGUAAUUCUUGGAAUUCAGAAGCUGAUUCAUUCCAAGGAGAGAAAACUCCAAGAGAUCCAGGCCAAAGCACAGAGGCAGAAAGAUCUCCUCAGAAAAUUGGAAAACCUGACCCUCAAGAGUCAUUUCCAGUCUGUGCUAGAUCAGCUCAAGUUACAGGAGAAGCAGAAGUAUGAACAGAUCCUUUUUCUACAGGAACAACUGAAGUGUUUUUUGAAGAAGUAAGACUUUGAAUCCAUCAUCUAGACUGUAGACUUGGUGAAACUGUGUUUUCCUCUAGUUACCUUAUCUUGAAUUGUUUUUGUUUCUUUGAACAUUUCACUGAUUGUAGUGUUUCAAGAACAAAGUGUAGAAAAGGCAGUAUAAAAAAUGUGAUAGCUUAAAGGGUCCCAAUUGAUCUUGGGGCUUGGCUUCUCUUGGUUAAUUUGAGAACUCAAUGAAUAGCUUCUCUGUUAUGAUUUUAUCAUAUUAGAUAGCUGUACUUAAGAAAGGGCGACAGUCUAGCUUAUAAGGACCUAUGACUAGUUUGCAUAUGUUUAAACUGUUCAAGUAUUUGCUACAACAUAGAAAAAAAAGCCAAUUUUCUAAGUGUGGCAGCCCAUAUCUCUAAUCUCAGCACUUGAGAAAAUUAGGCAGAAUGGUUCAUAAAUUCAAGAUCAGCCUGGGUUACAUAGCAGCUUCCAGGACACACUGGUUUAUAUAGAUCUGCCGCAAAACAAAGAAUUAAUACUAGAUUCUGUCAAGGUAAAGGCUACUUUCCUGAUCAGGGAUUUUUUUUUUCUUUGUUCUUUGCUUGCAUGUAACUGAUUUUUGUUCAUUAAUUAGCAGUUGCAGCAUAGGUGUUAUCCUUAUUAUUGUAAGUCUCUCUAUCUUAAUCCCAUUGGAAAAGAUUAGGAAAAGCCUGAUACCUGUAAUGUCUACGAAGACUUUCUUAUCAACCCUGGGCUGCGGAGAAGUGUUGUAAAGCUUUAUUUACAGUCUAUGUUCUUUAAGCAAAAAUAAAUGAAUUCUUUUGAAUGAGAAUAAAAGAAUCAUUGCAGACUA